AUUGAAUGCCUCAUGUGUGUGUGUGUGUGUGCAUGUGCCCCCCCACCUCCCUCUGGAGCAUCCAACAACAGAACCUCUGUGUGUGUGUGUUGAUGAGGGGAAAUGGCCCAGAUCUGGUGGAUAGCUCUACUCCUGGUCCCGACCACAACUCUGGCCCAGAGUGGGGAUCCAGAUGAUGAUGAUGGUGAAACAAGUCUUACCUGUUCCUCUGACAUCAGCAUACACUUGAACCACCUCACCUGCCUCCUGAGUGACGAGGAAGAGGUGGAAGUCUUGACUCUCUGCAACUUCAGCGAACCUAGAAGCCAAAAGAAGACCUGUUUAGAGGGAAACAGAGCUGGGAAAGAUGUCACAUUUUCGAAUUUGGAAAUGUUGACCCUGUACAACCUCACCUACCGAUUAAAGGGAGGACGUGAAACAAUGCAACAAAUCGACUUAAAAAAAAUAGUGAAACCCAGGACACCGUGGGUGGUGAAAACCACGUAUGUACCAGGCUCAGACAGUCAUCUGAUACAGAUCGGAACGCCGUACAAGAACGAUUACCUCAGUCACAAACUGCAGUUUGAGUUAGAAAUCUGGAGUGCCGACAGUCCUCCCCGGACCCUGACCAUCUCGUAUCAGGACUAUACCAUCGAAGGGGAGUACCUUGAGAAGAACACACUGUAUCACAUCAAAGUUCGGGCCAAACCUAGGGGCGAUUACUUCAAAGGCUUCUGGAGUGAAUGGAGCCCCUUUGUCAGUUUCUCUACCUACAGAGAGGACUUGUGGUGGGAUCAGCCAGUACUGAUGUACAGUCUGUCCCUGGCCUUGGUAGUCUUGCUGCUCUUAACCAUGACUGCUGUUUUUUUCUGGAGGAAACGGAUCAAGUCCCUCAUCUGGCCAAGCAUCCCACACCCUAAGCACACUCUGGUGCACCUGUACCAUCCAAGCAAACACCCCCCAGUGAGCUUCAACCCCGAGAUGUUCAGCGACCUCUCUGUCCGCCUGGUGCAGAAGGUCGAAGGCCACAUCCAAAGUCUCCCUGAGCUCUCGACAGACGGCAGCUCAGGCACUGGAGCGUCAGAGGCCACUCUGUUGAGCAGCGCGGCCUCAAACGAGUGCUCCGAGACGGAGAGCGAGGCCCCGUCCAUGGGGCUCCUAGAUCAGGGCAGUGGGCCGGACACAACGCAGACCGACACGGAUGCUGGCAAUGGAGACGGGGUUCCUGACACGGUUGAGGUGAGUGGACGAGGCAAGGAGGAGGCCUACGUCACCAUGUCCAGUUUCUAUCAGGUUAAACUACAGGAAGCCAAGUAAAAAAAGGUAGAAAUUUAACACAUCGCGUAAUCUCAAAUCAGCGAUAUUGGGACCUGUGUGGGACCUCAAGAAGAUACCUUUUUCUGUGCUCACCAAGGAUCUCUUAGCACAUUCCUCUCAUACAUAGUGGUAUUUCGGAGCCACAUUCAUGCACUUACCGUCUCCGUUAUUCUGCUUGUCUGGGGUUUCUGUUGGUGGUUACUGAGAACAGAGACAAGGGUGUCCUGAAAACGUCACACACUGCCUCCCUCUUAUCUAUUACUUUGCACUCAACGCCACAGAAAGUCAAUACACAACAGAGUGGAGACACACUUAAUCAUCACUGCUGCUUUAAGCAUCAUUACACAAAUUUCACCCUGACAACUGCAAUAUCAGUUUAGAAUGUACUAUUCACUUGGUCAGCGCAGCACAAUUCCUGAUCCAAAUAUGUAAUCUUAAUGUUAGACACAUGUAAUGUUAAGUGGGGUUUUUUGUGAUUAUUUUGGCAUAUCGUGCAUUGUUGUGUUACUGUGUUAAUAUCGGAUGUAUUUUUCUAUUCUGUUUUGUACUAUGUUUAAAUACAUAUUACUUUUUUAUUUUCUUAUGUUCAACAUGUCUUUAAGACUUUAGCAUUAGGCAACGUGUUUCUAUCUUUAUGAUUAAUGGAUGAUUAAUGGUGGACUUUUUUGCAUAGUGUACUUUUAAUACAGCAUCUUGAUAUAUUUAAGAUGUUGCUUUAGUCUGAAAAUGUAACAGGAUUACUUUGUUGUUUUGCAUUUUAUUAUUGCAUCUUCAAACUAAUAAACGCAUAGCUUAAUGCUCA